UGUUUACCCGGAAAUGAGCGUCUCCGGCAACAACUGCGGUCAAAAUCUUUAUUUGUAUCGAUUUUUAAGCGUUUUUAUUUUAGUAAAAUAAUAAACCACAGUAUACUAUAGAUGUAAAGUUUAGACUCGCAAUGUACAGCGGACUCUUGCCCAAAGGCAUAACCGAAGACGACCUCAGUCCAGAUGAGGAGGCUGAGCAGCAGGAGGACGUGGAGGAGAGAAGGGAGGGUGAGAAGGGCUCUGCUGAAAAUUUGAGCUCUGCGGCGGAAAACACAAGUCCGGUGCUGGAGACACAGUCGACUUACAAUGCCGGUGAUGCAGACAGUGAUUCUCCGACAUGCAGCAUGCCUGGUAUAUCCCAGGAAGCGUGGCAAAAAUUCCAGGAUCUACGAAGGAAGAAAGAUGACAUUAAGAUGAUGAAGAUCCCCGGGAGAAGAAAAAGAAGGCGGCACAAGAAAGGAACAGAGAGUGAAGAACCUGCAGAGACGAGCAGAGAGCGUCAGGAGGAGCGGGAGAAGCACUGGGAUGAGCUGCAGCAGUAUUUUGGUGUAAAUGAUCGAUUUCAUCCCCCUGCAUGUUCCAAACCUCCUCCGAAGUCCGGCCUAGAAAAGAGCAUAGAGAGGGCCAUAGCUGAAGGGGACAUUGCAAAGGCGGAGGAGAUGAGCGACAGACUCGCCACUCGAGAGAUGGCUGUGAAAAUCGCUCAAGCUGCUGAUUGCCGUGACUUUGUGCAACGCAAACAGGAAGAGGAAGCUUUGAGGGCAGCGCAGAAAAGGAAGAAGCAAAUAGCCUGGGGGUUUGAGGCGAAGAAACGAUGGGAAACCAAAAGCAACAUGGGCUUCAUGUGAGACACGGAAAGAAAAGAAGCAGGACUGUGAUUUUUGUAGCUAAUUUGAUAAAAAAAAUUGUGUUUUUUUUAUAGAGAACUGAUCGUGUUUCUUUUUAUUCUUUUUGUAUAUUUUGAAGACUUUACACCAGCAGCAUGUGAGGGGGGGAAGUCACGCUGUUGGCUGUGGGAAGGAAAAAAAAAAAAAAAACCCAAUCCAGUGAGUACAAGAGAGAGAAAAAAUGAUGGAGCAUUCAAAUUAAUUCCUAAGGCGCCCAUUGGUGUCUGCAUUGUGUUAUUUUUCAUUACAUUUCAGUGAUUUGAGCGUUCUGGCCCCCUUUUUUUCCCUUCAAAUUAAAUCUGGUGUACAUUACUG